CCUCGUUAUAGCACUGCUUCUGCCGUGCAGUUCGCAGACGAGGGGCGGCAUGGUAGUUGGCGCGCGCCGCCGGCCACCGGGAGGGUGCCGCGAUCGGUCCCAUCAAGGCCGCCCCGCGUUUAGUCGGCGUUGGUAGGCCGGUGAGGCAGCGUGUCUUCGAAGUAGGUACCGUCGGCCCUCCUGCUGCACUCGGUACCCGAGCCCUUCAGGCGAGCCAGGGCCCCAUGCCGGGCGAGCCCCCUUGAUUCCCGGGGCCCCCCGGAUGGCCAUCAACAUGUUCUUGGACAGUGUCUACCUCAACUGGGUCCAACAACAUUUUCAGAACAUCACAGCAGACGGCGAAAUGGUGCCUCCACUUUCGAGUCGCGACAGCGCGAACGUCGUGACCGUCUACCUCACUCGGAACCCAGUGCUCCAGUUGUUCCAGAACAACGAGACGUGGCUGACGUUGUUGGCCAACACGACGGACGACGAUCCGAGCAUCCCUUAUCGCAACGCCACGGGCAACGUCGCCUUUGAAGCCGGAGCUGGAAUCCGGGACUAUUAUCCGUACAUCAUCGCUGCCAUGGCUGUGUCCCUCAUGUUCCUGUCCAUAAUCUGUUUCGUGUACUGUGUCCUCCCCGAACUGCGGAGCACGCACGGCAAGAACCUCCUGUCUCUGUCCGUCUGUUUCAUGGUGCUGUACGUGGGAUUCAUCUCGGACUACGCCUUCCGGACUAUGAUGCCGCGAGAGCUGUGCCUGGCCCUCGCCGUUGUGCAGCACACGACGUUCCUGGCCGUGUUCUUCUGGACAAACGUCAUGGCCUUCGACGUGUGGCAGGCCAUAGUGACUCUGAGGCCGCUCGCGAAUCCCAGGCUCCGCGAGGACCGCUACUGGCACUACGCGGCCUACGCGUGGACCGCUACCAUAGUUGUGUCCGCGCCCGCGUUGCUCUUCCAGUUCACAGACUUGGUGCCGGUGUACUACAGACCGCGCUUCGGUGAGACCAAGUGCUGGCUGGGCGGAUACCUGGCCUAUGCGCUCUACUUCAACCUGCCAGUGGGCAUUAUUCUCUUGUGCAACGUGGUCAUCUUUGUGUUGACGGCCUGGGCACUGUACCGCGCAAAGGCUACUCAGAAGGCCACCCUCCAGGCGAAGCAGCACAAGAAAAUAUUUCACCUGUACGUCAAACUGUCCUUGGUGAUGGGCAUCAUCUGGGUGUUUGAGUUCAUCCCCUGGAUCACGGGUUACUACAAACUGUACGGACUGGCCGGGAUGCUCAACUCUCUCCACGGCCUCUACCUCUUCUUCAUCUUCGUCUUCAAGAGAAAGAUCUGGACCCAGGUGCGCAGACGCGUCGUGUGCUGCGGGAAGGACACGGAACCGCGAUCCAUGUCGAAGAAAUACUCUACCACGACGCUCACUUCCGUUUCCAUCUGCACAGUCAGCGCUGAAGUGCCAUAGUCACUUUCUCAACGGCUCCCGAGCGGUGUGGUUUCCAGUGCGAUUUUAAAUGUUGAAGCGGGUGAACUGUCUCCUGCGCAUGGCUGUUUAGCAACCCCACCAAAGAUGCACGGAUUAACCAGUUGUGUGUGUGUGUGUGUGUGUUAGCUUUUCCUGUUUUACGUGGUGUAAUUUUUAUUUAUUGUUGCACGUUGCCUGCGUAAAUGUUGUGCGUUGCUCACGUGUUUAUAAUAAAUUCCGAUGUGCUGAACAAAUGUUCUGACCUCUUAGUCCCAUCAAUAUCUUUGAUAAGGAGAGUGUUGUGUAACUGGAGUGCGACAUUUU